CAGACACGAUGAGCUGAGAGCUCCGAGCUGCUCACUGCCCGUGAUUUCACCGAUGAGGAGCUCACUGGACACACCGACAUGGUGACACGUGGAUUUCUGCGGCCACCGGGCGGAUUAACAGUCCGUCGCAUGGGUGUGUACCGUGGGUGUCUCGGCUCUCCUUCUCUCUCCAGGAGCCGGCGAUGCGCUCUGUAGAGGAAACGGGCUUCACGGAGACGCAUCCAUGCGCCACGGCCAUCCCGAUAUGCCUCUGACAACACAAAGCCUGGGAACGAGGAAGAAACCACACAUGCACGUCGGCAUGGGUGCGUCUACACGGCUUUUUCGUUAUGUUAUGUGGAUGAGGCUUUGGAGCGCUGUUGUGCAAUGAGACGAUCGGGAAUUAUCAAGUAUUGAUAGGCGACAAAAUCCGACAAUAUGGCUGAUCAGAGCAACAUCCAGUCUGCCGCCUCCAAGAGUAUCCGUCCCUUUAAAUCCAGCGAAGAAUACCUGUACGCCAUGAAGGAGGAUCUGGCUGAAUGGCUGAACACCUUGUAUGAUCUAGAUAUCACUGCGGACACCUUUAUGGACGCGUUGGGGACCGGCUGUGCUCUGUGUCGGCACGCCAACAACGUGAACCGCGCCGCGCAAGACUUCCAGCUGGAAUACCCCGAGGCUGCUCAGUCCAUGAAGCUGCCCUCCAAAGAUGUUGUCUUCCAGUCGCGUAAUGUCAUCCCAGGCUCUUUCCUGGCGCGGGAUAACGUCUCCAACUUCAUCAGCUGGUGCAGGCAGGAGCUGUGGAUCAAGGACGUCCUCAUGUUUGAGACCAACGACCUGGUGGAGAGAUGCAACGAGAAGAAUUUCGUCCUGUGCCUGCUGGAGGUGGCUCGACGCGGGUCAAAGUUUGGCAUGUUGGCCCCCAUGUUGAUCCAGUUGGAGGAGGAGAUCGAGGAGGAGAUCAGGGAUCAGGAGAGCCUGCAGAUCGAUACAGGGAAGCCCGCGGAGCAGAGCCCACCCAGCAGGUGCUACAGCAGGAAGGAGAGGGAGAGCAGCCACAGUGCGGAGGAUGAGGAUGAACCUGAUCCAGAGCCCUUCAUCUGGCAGCAGAAGAGAGUUUUAUGUGACAUGCGAAAUUUGGAUGAGCUGGUGCGUGAGAUUCUGGGCCAAUGUUCCUGUCCCGCUCAGUUUCCCAUGACCAAGGUAUCGGAGGGAAAGUACAAAGUGGGCGACUCCAGCGCAUUGAUCUUCAUACGGGUCCUUCGUACUCAUGUGAUGGUGCGUGUCGGAGGGGGCUGGGACACAUUAGAGCACUAUUUGGACAAGCAUGACCCGUGUCGCUGUGCUGCUUUCGCCCAUCGCUACCACCAAGCUAAAGCCAGCAGCCAGAAUCAGGGAGGCCAGAGCAAGUCCUCCAGCACCCACUCCUCCCGCUCUACCAGUCCGGGUCCACACUGGAGAAAUGAAGGCAUCGCUCCGUACAAACCUACAACUCAGAAUACAGCAUCCUCCUCCUCCACACGGGCCGGCCGCUCACAGAACCCCUCUGCCACCGCAGAGCCAGACGCUGGAGCAGCUCGUACUCUGCUCCCACGGCCACCGCGGGACCGCUCAGAACCCCGACACUUUAAUCCUCUCAGGCAUAAGGAGACAAUGUUACCAGUGACAAGACGCCUGUCUGGAGACAGUGACUCCUCCACAGCUUCCUCUAAAGGAGGAGGAGGAGGAGGAGGGCGGCACUCUCUUGGCGGUACGUCCCGGCGCUCUGGUGAAGAGGUGGUCCUUCUCAUCAAUCGAAAGGAGGGGAAACAUUUGAUCGAGAGGCCUGGAGCUGGAACUCAGUCACCAUCAGUGCGCCCACAGCCUCGUGCACGGAGCCAGUCCCGGGAACGCUCUGCACUCGCUCCGAUCCUCAAACCAAAUCCACCGCAGGGAUCCUCUGACGGAUCACGAUCAACCCGUACUGAGAGGGGCCGCUCCCUUGGAAACGACGGCCCCAGAAGGCUCCAUGCUCCACGUUCUCACAGCCAGACUAAAGUAUCAAGUCGUACUCGCCCCAGUGAUGCCAGUCCAGGACCUGGCUCUGGCCCCAAAGAGCCUCAGCCUCCACACCCGGACAGAAGAGAAGAGCUACGCACCAAACAAGCACCCCAAUCCACCCCUAGAGUGAGUGGGGGCUUUGCUAAGAGACAGUCGUCCUCCUGCUCUAACUCACCGGUCAAAGGGGUCCAGAAUAGCACCAGCAGCCCUAAUAAGAAGACUAUAACUACACCCAGACCUCCUGCCCCUAGAUCUCCUUCAAUGGGAAAAGGCAGACUGCUCCCACCAGUCUCUUCAGGAGGGCGACGAUCACCACACUCAUCUCCUCGCAACGCUCACCAUCACGCCAUCCGCCCACCUCGGACAUCACAGGGCGCUCGCUCUGCUGGCCGAGGUAACCAUAGAAACUGGUCUGGUGUGGAGCGCCAGGAGCCAGAAGAGGAAGGACUCGGUCUCGGCUUCCAGAUGCUUCCAGCGCUAGAUCCCCAGAGAGAGCAGGACCUGUACCGUAGCUUUGAGGCUGAGUUUCUGGCCAACACACAGCAGGUAAAAAGCGUGAUUAAUAGAGCCAAAGGUGGACUGACCCUGCAGGGAGCUGGGACACAUUUACUGCCAGAUCCUAAUGUCAAUGACUCUGCUUACUCAUCCUCAAACUCUUCUUCCUCCUCCCUGAAUGUCGGUGCAAAGGUACUGCCUGAACUCAGGGAAUCCAAGAGAAAUCACCCCCGCCACUUCCAACUGGAUGACCCUUUGAAUCUACUUUAUGGACAGAACUUAGGAGGAGCACCCAGCUUUGGUCAGGGAGAGUCUGAGCACUGGGGUGAGCGAGGAGUAGGGCUAAAGAAGCUCCCAGCCAUCUCCAGCUCCUUAGAAGAGAGGGAACCUCCAUCGUCUCUGCCUGGUGUAGGAGACACAGAAUCAGACAGGUUGAUGAAUCAGCUCCCCUCACAGCCUGCUGUCCACUGCAGGAACAUGAACGGAGACCAUGGAGGCCCUGAAGGAGACGUCCCACUGGAGAAUCACCAGCCAAACUUACCUUAUGACCUAGAAAACGGGGAUGGCAGUGACGACCUCCCUCCCCCAGAGGCGUGUCCAUCACCAGUGGCGCUCCCUCCCUCCGAGGACUGCUCCUUCCAGGAUUCCUCCAGUGAAAACUCCUCCAUGUGCUUCAGCUUAAGCGAAUCCCACUCUGAAUCUCCCCCACCAGCUUCACCGAUGACUAACGGGGAUGGUGACGUGGAGGUGAUACAGACCAGGAGGGCGCAAAAGAAGUCAGACAGGGUGGACCCCAUCUCUAAGCACAAACUGAGAAACAGGAUCAGACCUCGCGCUGACAACAGGCCUGAAAACAGCCCCUCGCGUAUCCCCACGCCGGUCAGCUACAGAGACACCCAGGCUCACGACACGCUUUCCCCCUGCCACACUCCACCCAUGUCCCCUCAGAGCUCACGCUCUAUCGGACGUCCAACCACAUACAAGAGCAUGCACCAAGCCUUUGCGGAUUUGAUCCAAACUCAGCCAUGUUCUCCAAACAUGGGGAACAAAGACUGCACAUAUCCUGGACAGUCAGCGAGCCUGGACUCUGAGGCUUGGAUGUAGCACAAAUGGAACGGGGUGUUAUCAUGAACUUUGACUACUGUGUAAAAAGAGACUUAAGACUGGGCUAUAGACUGUUUUCACUGCAUGUCUAACACUCCUUCUUUUUAACGUACUUUCUCCCUGAUCUACAGGGGUUCACAUUGCUUUUAUUUUGCACUCAAGCCAAAUUAUUUAUUACCAAAGGAAUGGUCUUUAUUGGCCUUAUUCCCAUGGUGGCCAUGUUUCUGUGAUGUCAUGUUCAAGGUGGGGAACUCAGACUUUGGCUGUAUUCACAAACUUGUGUAACUGAUGAGAGCAGUCCAUCAAACUACUUUGCCCAAACAAUGCCAGCCUUACAACCUUCUUGGUGAAAUCCUUCCAUCAAAAUGAAUGGAGGUAAAUGGGAGGUUUUCAGGGAUUUUAAAGCUUAAAAUAAGAAAAGCAUUGUGUUUAAAAGUUUUUCGGAUCCUGAAUCCAGUGGCCAGUAAGUUAAGCAUAAAAUUAUAACUUUUCAUAAUUGCCUGGCAUCAGUAUACAUAACAUAAAAAAUAGUGCUGUCAACAUUUUAGAUUAAUUUGGAUUAAUUAAUCAGAGAGCAGAAAAAAGGGGAUAAAGAAUGAAUGCUGAUUAAUUAAACUGAUGCUAUCACACAACCAGCUAAAGUAGCUUUGUAACUUUGAUGGGAAAAUGUAAAAAUUCUCUUAAUUUUUAUGAUUUUAUUGAUAAAAUCCAUAUUCUACAUACAGAACACCAUCCUAGAUUGACUAGUAAGAAGACAAUCUGUCCUUGAUCUCCUCUUCUCUGUCUGUGUGUUGAUAGCUUGUGUUUUAAAAUCGGCCUAUACUGAUGUUAAACUGAUGCAUCUAUGCAUCCUCAAUUUUUGCAAUGUGAAAUGAGUUGAAUCCUGACUUUAGAAAUGCCUGUAAAAUGAUAAAAAAAAAUGUUAGUUUUAGAUUUGUUGUAUGACAGGCAGCUGUGUCAUGGACCACCAG